UAAGAAAAUCCUCUAGUCACGGGGCAUCGCGUUCUCCUCAGCCUUUCCCUCCGAGAUCCACAGCAUGAACUGCCAGAACGAAGCCAACGAAGACGACUACCACGCCCACGAGCACGGCCACGGCCAUGGGCACGGCCACGAUCACGACCACGAUCACGACCACGAUGCCGAGGACUUGGGGUUCGCCGACUCCCUCUACAGCAAGAUCCUGGUGGACAACACGACGUGUCUGAACGAGGCCGAGCCCAACUCCAUCCACGGGGUCUUCAAGCCGCACCACCUGCGCCUCGACACGCAAAAGUUUGUUGAGAGCGACUGCGACGAGGAGCUGCUUAUCCACGUGCCUUUCAAUGGCAUGGUCAAGCUCAAGUCAAUUCUGCUGUGGGGCGGAGCCGGCGAGUCAGCGCCCAAGCACAUGAAGGUGUUUGCCAACAGAGACGACCUCGACUUUGACAAUGUCAAUGACACGACGUGCACGCAGGCGUGGGAUCUGGUGGAGGGUGCGCGCCAGCCGGUCGAGUAUCCGACGAGGAUUGCAAAGUUCAAUAGUGUGCGGUCGCUAGCCAUCUUCCUGCCAAGCAACUUUGGCGCCGACGAGACGACAGUCUACUACCUGGGGUUCCGCGGCGAGUGGACGGAGCUGAAGGAGAACCCGCUGAUCACGGUGUAUGAGCUCAGGCCGAAUGUGGCCGACCACAAGACGCCUGCGGAUGAGCUGGUGGGCCACAACUCUGUUUUGUAAAGGGGGACGAUCCUGCCCCUAGUAAUAAAUUUCUUUCUCGCAUUCAGUGGUUGUUUUCGGAAAUAGGUUCGCGG